AUGGUGAAGAAGGAGGAGGAUAUGGUGCAAGCCAAGGUGACCACCAACAUGCUGACAUUCAUUGUGCUGAGUGUACUAUUGGCAGUGGUGGCGUGUGCUAGCCUGGACAAGACCGGUACCACUAGCAAGGAUGCGGCAAACGAGGAGCAGAAGACGAAAACGCACGGCAAGCGUGGUUUGAUCGAUUACGGUUACGGAUACUCCAAGGAGCCGGAACUACAGGGUGGCUUUAAGCCAUCGUUCGGUUACGAUAUCAGUUCGGUGGAGGAACCACACUAUCCGACGCACAAGUCCUUUAACCAUCAUCACACGGUCAUCACGAAGAAGGUACCAGUCCCGUACCCAGUCAACAUCGAGAAGCAGGUGGUGAUCGAGAAGAAGGUCCCAGUACACAUUGACCGUCCCGUCCCGUAUCCGGUCGAGGUGGAAAAGAAGGUCCCGGUGUACGUCGAGAAGCAGGUGGCGGUGCACGUGGAUCGUCCAGUCCCGUACCCCGUGAAGGUUCCGUACCGUGUCGAGGUGGAGAAGAAGGUGCCAGUCUAUGUGGAGAAAAAGGUGCACGUCGAUCGUCCGGUCCCAUACCCGGUGAAGGUGAAGGUUCCGGUUUACCACAAGGUGGAGGUCGAAGUCCCGAAGCCAUACCCAGUUCACAUCCCCAAGCCCUACCCCGUGUACAUCGAGAAGGAGGUCGUGAAGCACGUGGACCGCCCGGUGCCGUACGAGGUCGAGAAGAAGGUCCACGUUCCGGUCAUCCAUCGUGUCGAGAUCGAAAAACCGUACCCGGUGUACGUCGAUCGGCCAGUGCUGGUUGAGAAGGCGGAAUCGCAUGAACACAGCCAUGAGCAGAGCCAUGAGCAGAGCCACGAGCAGCUCCAGGAGCAGAGCCACGAGCACAGCCACGAGCACAGUCACGAGCUGCAGCACAGCAGCCAGGAGCAAAGCCACGAACUGCAUAGCCACGAGCAGGAACACGCGGUCGUCCAUCAUAACAUCCGCCCGGUUGGCAUCAAGGCAACGGAUUUCAUCUCGGAACCGAUCCACGUCCACACCGAACACGGCGAGCACCAGUACGGUGAGGAGUCGCAGAAGAUCGAGCGAAAGGUAGAGCAGGAUCAGCAGAAGCCAGGCUCGGAGUCGGCUACCCUGGAACAUCCGGCAUCCGCUGGUUCCGAUAAAAAGUCUGCCGAUAGUGAAUCGUCCCAGUAG